AUGAUGAACUGUGGGAAAGUCCAGAAGGCCAUCGCGCAGUUCCAGGAAGAUGUGAAGAAGGGCGACCACUGGGCCAGCCCAGCGCAGGUCGCUGUGUGGCAGCAGAAGAGCCACAGAGCAGGAAAUUUAUGCCAACAGUCGGCCGAGCUCUUGGAUCACGACCAGUAUCAGGCGGCGGCAGUCGUGGCCCUGUAUGCCUGGAGUCACGUCAUCAUGGACGACUCGCAGUGCUGUGAUCUUCUGCGGCCGCCUUUCUGCCACGUUCCUGCAGACAAAGCUUCUCUUGCCCUGCUCUUUCCAAACUGUGCUGAGCCCAUCGCAGACACCUCAGCAAGCCAACGCCGCGGGGCCCGAGCUGCUCGCCAGGCCUCUAUGCAGCAGCCCGUCCGACUGCGCCGGCUCAAGCGGAUUUGCACCAGGACGCUGGGAGCUUUACGUGUUGCGCGCAGCUUUGUCAAUGCCUUGCAGGAGUUGGUGAGGCAUUGGAUGAAGGAUCACUCGCUUCGUGGCCUCCACGGUGCACAGCACUUUGCAGAGAGCACUGCCAGCCUUUUCGCCGCCUUGUACCAGCGGUUCGACUUCCAAGUCGACAACGUAAGGCUUGGUUGGGCAGCUGGUGUUUUCAUAUGUUUUCGCCAAAUGCUGGGAAGGAAUCAAUUUGACCACCUCCUCUCACUCUGGCGGUCGCAUUGUGCCAUUCUGGCAGAUUUGGAUCUUGAACAUGAAGAGGAGGGCGACUUCCUCACUGAAGCUGUGGUCAAUGAGCAGACGCUUCUGCACGAUGCCCUUGAUGCAUUGCAUGUGCACAUCUCAGAGCAAUGA